AAGACUUUAACUUCGUUGCGAACCGGUCAGUUUCAGUUCGGUAGUAAUCUGAGCUGGGCCAGAAUCUUCGUCAAGAUUCAACUCCUGCUGGGUUUUCUAAACGUGGCAACUUCCUAUUUGUUGCAUCUGGGGUCUUUGAUUCCGAUGCGUGGCAAUAUAAUCCGAGGGAGCCAGAUAUUAAUAUUGCCAUCUGAUUCUUCUAGCAAUUAGCAAACAAGGAAAAGGAAAUUCUUGGUCACAUUCACACAAUCAUAUCCCAUAAUUUUAUUAUCUCUGAUUCUGAAGUGCUAAUUAUUCUAUUGAAUAGCAUAAACUUGUUCAUUUCCGAGUUUAAAAUAUAAGCUCGCAACAAGUCUAGCCUCGCUCUUGCAACUCUUUGUUCCUUGAGGAAAGUCUUUCAUUUGCGCAUAUCGGGUUGAAAUCUGUUACAGUUCCUUCAUAGUAUUGAAGCACCAUGGUCAUAAUGACAAAUGGGUUUGUCAAAGGUUGUCUUCCUGAGGAACUAAAGAGAGUGCUUCGAUCAGUGGCUGCCAGCUGGGGCGACGUGAUCGAUGAUAUGGGUGCCUUGUGUGUCAUCCGAUUAAGCGGCGCAAUGACUAAUGAGGUUUACCAGAUAAACUGGCCGACAAAGAACGGCGAGAUCGUCAGAAAAGUCUUGGUUCGGAUUUAUGGUGAAGGCGUGGAAGUUUUCUUUAACAGAGACGAUGAGAUUAGGACGUUUGAGUGCGUGUCAAAGCACGGGCAGGGACCGCGCCUUCUCGGGCGGUUCCCAGAUGGGCGGGUCGAGGAGUUCAUUCAUGCUAGAACAUUAUCAGCUGCUGACCUCCGAAAUCCUGAAAUUUCUGCCCUCAUAGCAGCUAAGAUGAGAGAGUUCCACACUCUUGAUAUGCCCGGUCCAAAGAAUGUAUUCCUAUGGGACAGAAUGAGAAACUGGCUUCGCGAGGCCAAAAGUUUGUGUUCUUCCCAAGACACAAAGGAAUUUAGCUUGGAUACUCUAGGGGAGGAAAUUAGUAUGCUGCAGAAAGAGUUGUCGCAUGAUCAUCUAGAUGUUGGAUUUUGUCACAAUGACCUGCAAUAUGGUAACAUAAUGAUGGAUGAAGAGACAAGAUCAAUCACUAUCAUUGAUUACGAGUAUUCAAGUUACAACCCCAUUGCUUAUGACCUUGCAAAUCAUUUCUGUGAAAUGGCAGCAAAUUACCAUUCUGAGACACCUCAUGUUUUAGACUAUAGUAAAUAUCCAGAUCUGGAGGAGCGCCAAAGAUUCGUCCGCAUAUAUUUGACUUCAACAGGCGAUGUACCCACUGAGGAACAAGUGGAGAAGGUAGUCCAGGAUGUGGAGAAAUACACUCUUGCAAACCAUCUCUUUUGGGGCAUAUGGGGAAUUAUUUCAGAUUAUGUGAACAAGAUUGAUUUCGACUACAAGGAAUAUGCAAGGCAGAGAUUUCAUCAGUACCGGCUGAGGAAACUGGCACUAUUGGAUUCUUGAUUUUGAAUGUUUCUGUAGCAUAUGCCACAAUGAAGUGCUUGGCAAUCUUUUACUGAUGAACUCAUCUAAAUAUUUUGUGUUUAUCUGUAUUUAGUUUUGUAACAGUCUAAACGUGUAAUAACGAGCAUAAGCCGCUGAGAAGGUGGUGUUUUGGAUCCAUUUGUAACAUUAUAUUAACUUGGUAUAAAAGAGUGCUUGUAUGUACCCUUUUCAAUUUCCCA